AGAGCGGUUGCGUACCUCUAUACGCUCCAGUGGGGCUGGCUGACGAUAGAGAAAAAGCAUCGGUGAGGUGAAAACCUCUGGUGAAGAGAGAAAGAAGAGUAUGGUACUAGUUUUUAGCGGUGACGGAGGGUCGCAAACCAUAGCUUAUUCCUGGCAGCUCCUUGUCCGUUGUCUUGGCCAGCGUGGGCCCACCCAGGUUGGGUAGGGUGCGGUCUAUGGGCCCAGGCAUGCCUCUGUGUUGGCAGCUCUGGUAGGGUCUAGUGUUCAUGCGUUUGGCGUGGGAUGAAUGCCCAGGGAUGCCUGUGUUAGCUGCUUUUGUGGUUGGAGACCGGCACUUGAUUCUAGCUCUUUUCCAGUCAGCAUCAUUUCUGUGAAGCAAAGUAUUACUAUGAACAUCAAUCAUAAAGGUGGCUUAAAACUUAACAAAAUUGAGAAGAAGUUCUUAAGGAAACAGAGUAAAGCCAGGCAUGUGUUGCUGAAACAUGAAGGCAUCCAGGCAGUAUCUCAUCCCACUCAGAGCCUGGUUGUUGCCAAUGGUGGUCUUGGUAAUGGUGUGAGUAGGAAGCAGCUGCUUUUGGCUUUAGAGAAUUCUGGACCCAUGGAAGCUCUCUUAAUGCCACCUAAUAAACCUUAUGCAUUUGUAAUAUACAAAACUAUCGAAGAAUCCAAGAAAGCAUAUGCUAACCUCAAUGGAAAAGAAAUCAUUGAUGAUUUGGGGCAGAAGAUCAUUCUGUACUUGAAUUAUGUGGAAAAAGCACAAUGGAAAAAGUUGGGACUUCAAGCCUUGCCUCCCGGCCUCUUGGUGGUAGAAGAAAUUAUUUCUUCUGAGGAUGAGAAAAUGCUUUUGGAAAGUGUUAAUUGGACAGGAGACACAGGCAAUCAGAAUUUUCAGAAGUCUUUAAAACACAGAAGAGUUAAACAUUUUGGUUAUGAAUUCCACUAUGAGAACAACACUGUGGAUAAAGAUAAGCCCUUACCUGGCGGUCUUCCUGAUAUUUGCAACAGCAUUUUGGAAAAAUGGUUGAAAGAAGGUUACAUUAAACAUAAACCUGAUCAGUUGACCAUAAAUCAGUAUGAGCCUGGGCAUGGAAUUCCUGCCCAUAUUGACACACAUUCUGCAUUUGAGGAUGAGAUUAUUUCUCUCAGUUUGGGGUCAGAGAUUGUUAUGGAUUUUAAGCACCCAGAGGGUGUCACUGUACAAGUUAUGUUACCUCGUCGGAGUUUGUUGGUGAUGACAGGAGAAUCUAGAUACCUUUGGACUCAUGGAAUUACACCCAGAAAAUUUGAUACUGUCCAAGCAUCUGAGCAGUUCAAAGGUGGAAUAAUCACCAGUGACAUCGGAGACUUGACUUUAAGCAAGCGGGGAAUUCGAACAUCAUUUACGUUUAGGAAAGUGAGGCGUGUGCCCUGUAAUUGUAGUUACUCCUCAGUCUGUGACAGACAGAGGAAGGCCACACUUCCUUCCCUUCCAGAGAGCAGUAAAGAAGCAUGCCAGCUGGAACAAGAGCAUGUUCAUCGUGUCUAUGAUUUGAUUGCAAGGCACUUCAGCAGCACAAGACACAGCCCAUGGCCACGCAUCGCGGAGUUCCUGAAAGCUUUGCCAAGUGGUUCUAUAGUGGCAGAUAUUGGAUGUGGAAACGGAAAGUACCUUGGCAUCAACAAGGAGUUAUAUAUGAUUGGGUGUGAUCAUAGCCAGAACCUUUUGGACAUUUGUAGAGAGAGGGGGUUUCAGGCUUUAGUCUGUGACGCACUGUCUAUUCCGUUCCGAAGUGGCUCUUUUGAUGCUUGCAUCUCCAUUGCUGUCAUUCAUCAUUUUUCAACUGCGGAGCGUAGAGUGGCAGCUCUCCAAGAACUUGUCCGUCUCCUGAGACCUGGUGGGAAGGCCCUCAUAUAUGUCUGGGCAAUGGAACAAGAAUAUAAAAAUCACAGAUCUAAGUACCUUAGAGGAAGCAAAACUUGCCUGCAAGAUAAAGAGGAGCUAAACAAUGUCAUAGCCACUGAAGGAUUGCUAGUAAAUCAAAUGUCUGGUGAAAAUAGUGAAGACCUAGAAUCUUCUGUCCCCUCCACUGUUAAUAUCAAGGAGGAAGGAUGUAAGCCAAGGAAAGUUCCUAAUUCUGAGCUUCCUGUUCAUACAAACCGGACUUCUUUUCAUUCCCAAGAUGUGCUGGUUCCAUGGCACCUCAAGAGAAAUUCUGGUAAAGACAAAGCCAUUGAGCCCUUUGGCUUAGCAGGAUGCCUUGACCCAUGUCCUGUGUUUCAUCGUUAUUACCAUGUUUUCUGUAAUGGAGAAUUGGAGGCUUCCUGCCAGGCUCUGGGUGAUGUUAGCAUUCUACAGAGCUACUAUGAUGAGGGGAAUUGGUGUGUUGUUCUUCAAAAGGUCUGAUCUGAACUUAUCAGGUGUAAAGAAAAAAAAUGCCUAUCUGUUUCUUCGAAGGAGGAUAAAUUAUCCCUUUAAAUAAUGAGGAAGCCUUGGGAGACAUCACCAAAGGGAAACUGAGAGCAGAGAUUAUCGAGGUAACAUUCUGUCUGCAAUUUUUGGCUGACUUCAUAAUCACAGGUUCCUCUUACAUGCCUGUAAGUAUGAUGUUGAAAAGUGAUUGGCAUUAACUUGUGAAAGGUCUGUGAUCUUUGUGUAAGUGUACAGCAUUUUGAAGCUAAGCUUUUCUUAUAAAGUGUUUAUAAAGAUCCUAAACUAUGUAGGAUCAAAAUGAAGCAAUUAUGUAACCUUUUAAAUGACUUGAAGACUCCUGGACAACAGGACACUAUCUGAAGUGUUAUCUACAACUGAUUGUUCCCAAGGAAAUCAUAGCAACUUUCUCCCCCCAUCUUUCUAGCACACUGUGGAUGCCCAGUAAAACUUUAGCCACAUAUUUCUCAGGAUUAAUAGAAACUUCAUUCAACAGAUAUUCAUUGAACUCCUACUAUUUACUAUUAAGUACUAGGAAUGAAGCUGUAAGCAAGUAAAGGAGGGUGGGUUGUAGCUCAGUGAAAGAACAGGUGUUACUAAUUGAAGCCCUGGAUUUAAUACCUAUCACCACAAACAAACAUAGCAGCAGAAAACAAGAGCAAAGUCCUUCUUCCUAGGAAGCUUACUUUCUGGAAGGUGAGGCUGACAGAAGCAAACAAAUAAGUUAAUAUUAUGUUCCUGGUAAUCAUAAACGACAUAUAAAAAAGUAAAUUGGAGGCUGAAAGGGAUAUUAACCUAUGAGAAAAAGAUGACUUUUUAAUGGCUGAAAUAACUACCAGUCCUGACUGAUGAAUUGCCAGGAACUACUACUCCUCAUCUAUUGGUUUAAGUUCUAAAGACAACUCAAAUAGUUCUCUUUAACAGUUAAAUUGCAAAUGUUAAAAUGUUAUCAGCCACACCAAACUUUGCUCUUUCAGUCAGAAUUGACUGUUUUUUUUAUUCAUCAUUUGUUCCAAUCUAGGAACAAUGGAGGUAUUUUUAUCUAGUCCGUGAAACCAAAAGCAUGUCCUUGGAAAGUACUACUAAAAUUGAUCAAUAUCUAGCCAGACUGAAUUGACCAAGAAGAAACUUUUAUAAUUUUUUUAAUUGACUCAAUCAAAAAACAUAAUUAAAAGCAACAUGCACAUGCUUUAAGACCAUAACUUGAUUUAAUAAACAUUAUAAUUAACAAAUUAAAAAUUAUAGUAAGACACUCUCAAAUGAGACUUCUAUUUGAAUACACAAUUUUCUCUUUCUUUUCUAUUAAUGAGAGAGAAUCUCAUGUGUCCAGUUUGGUCUCAAUCUAAGUACCCAGUUCUCUGCUUUCACCUCUCCAGACUUGGUAUAACAACAGACCUGGUAACACAACAGCCUAAGAAUAGUUUGAUAUUAUUUAUAUUGAAAAAAUUAAGAUAUUAUUUAUAUAUUAAAACAGUGGUUCUCAACCUGUGGGACAGGACCCCUGGUAGCCAAACCACACUUUCACAGGAGUUGCAUAAAGCCAUUAGAAAUAUAUAUUUAUAUUAGUAUUCAUAAAAGUAGCAAGAUUACAGUUAUGAAGUAGUAAUAAAAAUAAAUUUAUAGUUUAUUUUUAUAUAUAUUCCUACAACAGGAAGGGAGGUAUUAAAUAAUCAAAGCACAGGAAAAGAUAAGAACCACUCUUUUUUUUUUUUUUUGGUUUUUUGAGACAGGGUUUCUCUGUGGUUUUGGAGCCUGUCCUGGAACUAGCUCUUGUAGACCAGGCUGGUCUCGAACUCACAGAGAUCUGCCUGCCUCUGCCUCCACUCUAUUAAAGGAACAUAUGCCCCAGUAAGAUGCUUAGUUGAUAAAGGCAUUUGCCACCAAGCCUGAGUUCAGUCACCAGUACCCACUUGGUAAAAGGUGAAAACUGACUCCAACAAGUUGUCCUCCGACCUUUGUACUUACACACACACACAUAAAAUAAAAAUAUUUAUAUAGUGGAUCUACUAGAUCUCACUUUAUAGUUAUAACUUUGCUGGAACUAGCUAAAAUGAUCAGGCUGGUCUCAAAUACAUUUCUGCCAAGUGCUGGAAUUAAAGGCAUGUGCUACCACAUCUGGUUAAAUACAUGUUAAAGAAAGAUAUAAAGCUGUGGUGAUGGCCCACGUCUUAUUAUCAACAUUUAGAAGACAGAGGCAGGAGGAUUGCUGUAAGUUCAAGAUCAUUCUGGUCCACAGAGCAAGUUCCAGGACAGCAAGGGCUACACAGAGAAACCCUGUCUCGAAGAAGAAAAAAUAAAAAAGAAAAAAAAAAAAAAAGCAAA